AAUGCAGAUCCUAAAAGAAUCCUAAAACUACAACACACUUUCUCAUCAACGUUGUUUAUGCAUCAUCAUCAUCUUGUCUGGGUUUCGUUCUGUAGAAAACGAAAACCCCACCAAAAUUCAUUAUUCAAGUUUUGAUCUUUUUAAUCUCCUUUCCUUUCGUCGCCAUGAAAAUUAAUUUCUUAGUGAACUCUGGCCCUUCGUUGUUUUUUCUGUAUUUUUCUCCCCUGGGGCUUUCCUUAUUUGUCUCUUUUGAUGAAUACAUGCUAAUCCGGAAGCUAUAAUUUGGUUCUCCAAUUCCUUCUUUUUCUAUUGCAUGAGCCUGUGCUGUUUCUUAAAUCCAUCAUUUUCUUCCGCUUUUUCUCGUCCUUUCUUUUGGACCAAUCUCCACUUUCCUUUCCUUUUGCUUCUCCAAUUCGAUUCGUACCACUAGAGGCUUUGCCUUUCCUUGAACCAGAAGCUCUGUUAUUUCCUAAUGAAUCCGUCGUACUCGUUUGCGAUCACCAGAUAGAUAGAUCACCUUCUCCUUCUCUUCUCUGCCCUAAGCUGUACUCUGUAAUUUCCAUGAACAAUUUGAUUCCCCUGCAGAUUGCUUCUGCUGGUGAGAUUCUGAGAAUGGCAGAAGCUGCUAGCUUGAGCAGUGGAACAAUGGUGGAAAGUGAUAUUAUAGCGAUGAAGGAGACGCUUCGCGCUCAGCAACAACUUCUGCAGAAGCUAUAUGCAGAGUUGGAUGAGGAAAGAGAAGCUUCUGCAACAGCAGCGAGUGAAGCUCUUGACAUGAUUCUGCGUCUGCAAGGAGAGAAAGCAGCAGUGAAGAUGGAGGCUCGACAGUAUGAGAGAAUGGCGGAGGAGAAGCUGGAACAUGCAGAGACAACUCUUGAGAUCUUCGAAGAGCUUAUGUUUCAGAAAGACAUGGAGAUUUCUUCUCUGGAGAAUCAAGUUCAGGCUUGUAAGAGAAAGCUUCAUGACCUUGGAUGUGAUCCUAAUCUCAAUGACUUUGAGCUUCAAGAGAACAAUAGUAGUAAUAAUAAUAAUCAGUUGCUUCAAAGAACUGAUGAACAUCUUCGGACGAACUCAGAAAAUGGAUCUGUCAGAAGACUCCAUUCAUUGCCUCCUUUACCUGUAAAUAAGAGCAGCUUGAGAGCUGCAAAGAAGAGAGAAAGAUCACCAAGUCCACAUCAUCAUACAGAUAUGAAUCAAACAAUAGAGGAAGAGAAAACUGAGAAAAAAGCUGUUCAACAAAGCACGGAUUUCGCCAAAAACUCGGUAGAAUCUACACAUGAAACCCUUGAUUCAUACUGGCAACAGAUUAUAAAGUUAGAUGAGAAGGUGAAAGAGAUAUCAGAUUGUAAGGAAAGAGAAGGAAACAAGGUUCCAAACCUGAGAAUUAGGAGACACAGAUCAUGUUCAUUAUUUCCAAGAACAAGGAGUAAGACAAUCUCUAGUAUUAGUUCAGAUCAAGUUCAUCAUGAAGUUAAGCAGCAAAAUAGGGAAGUAAUUCUAGAUCCUUCUUGCUCAGUAAAUGUUCAUGAUGUGUUUGAAGUUCCACAACCUGGUCGUGGGGAGAAUAAUGGAGUCAAUAAACAUGGGGAAAAUAGACUUGAGAGGUUGAGAUCAGAUUUAGAUAACAGAUUAACAAAACCAGACCCAGAAGUGCCAGAGGACAAGUCUGAAGCAUUCUCUAGAUAUGAUUCAGGAAAGCUAAUGAGAAUUCUGAGCACAAACAUGGAAACAAAAGCACACAGUCCAAAUAGUGGUAGUAAUAAUAAUAACAAUAAGAUCACUUGUAUGUUUGGCCAGAAAAUGGAAGGAACGAGUUUGGAAUGCAACGGGGAAGCCGAGUUUCACCUUCUUUCGAAGAGAAUCGAGAGGCUUGAGAAGGAGAGGGAGAGAGUGAUGAGCUCAAGGCAAGAGAUUACACAUGAAGGGGAUGGUGAAGAGCAGCUUACGCUCUUGAAGGAAAUACUCAGCCAGGUCAUAUCAAUGAGGGAAGAGAUUGUAAGCUCAGAAGCAAGAAAAUCUCCACCUAAGGAUGAUGGGCUUUUGGAUCCUCUUCAAGAGGCAAUGCUGUACUUCUGGAUUUGAUUAGGUGACUGGUCAAUGCAUCAUUUGGUAGAAGUGCGUGAAGGUAUCUGAUAGUUUUAAGACGUGUGGAUUUGAGGCCAUAGAGUAGAUUCAUUGAUUUUGAAGAUAGUUUUUGAAAUGUCUAUAUCCUGUUGUAACUUCAUCUUGUACAUUAGGCACUGAUAUUACAGUGACUUGAAGCUCCAGUAGAGUUAAGAAUGUUCUUUUUUUCUUUUGUUUGUUUGUUUCUUUCUUUAUUUUUAUUUUUUUAUUUUAUCUCAGAUUGAGUUUUGAUGUAUACUUGAAUUAGCAGAGUGAGGAGCUUCCUGAUACUGUAUUGUCAUGCCAUGAGAGAGAAUAAAAUGUUGUGGCGAUUUUCCAACCUCA